CAAAUAUCGAAGCCGGCAAUCUCCGCCACCACCCGAUGGUACCGCGCGCCCACCACUCUGGCGGUUUUGCUGUCGUCAGAUCCACGGCGGUGGUAUCCACAUUCGAGCAUUUGCGGCUGGGAUGAGAGGUGCAGCAGGCCUUGUGGCGGCCGCACACCUCGCGUCGACGGCAUGGGGUGGUCAGCUCGACGCGUUCGCGUUCGUGCACACGGACGUGUACAACACUCCCGAGGAGUUCCUCACCCAAGUGAUGGCGGACCGCGCCGCGAUUAUCUGGUCGACCAACGCAACGACGCCUCCAUUCCAGUGCACGACGACCAUCUUGUGGGACUACAAGCCCCCGAAUGGAUGCAUCGUGUGCACGACUGCUCCGACGCCGGUUGGGUCGUGCACGCCGUCCGGGCUCCAGAUGGCGUACAGGGAAGUGAUCAAGGUCGGCACGAACAAAGAACCGUGCACGGGUGACCCCGCGCAAGAUACGCUUCCCGAAGUGAUCACGUGUGUCCCGGACCCACGACCUGGCUGCGUCUGGGAACACGUCGAGCGCACGGGGUGGGACAAUGGCGCGCUGGAGCCGUACGGGUUCAUCGGCGCGACGCGGUAUCAGGUGCAAGCGGACAACCCGCAGCUGGACUGCACGUUGGAACCGAGUCGACGGGUGAUUGUCGACCGACUCAACCCGUGCGACUUUGACGUUCUCUCGGACUGGGGGCCGUGCGUGAACCGCCGGCAAGAACGCGACAUUCGCAUCAAGCGGUGUCCGCGAAAUGGAGCUCCUGCGUGCCCAGUCUCCCGCCCGUGCAAUCCACCCAACCAGGACUGCGUCGUGAGUGCAUGGGGGCCGUGGUCGGCGUGUUCGAACGGCGUCCAGAUACGAACGAGGACGAUCCUGACCCUUCCCAAAGGAACCGGGGCGGCUUGUCCCGCCACGUCCAAGUUGUCCGAGUCACGCCCGUGCACUGCUGUCGACUGCGUUGUGUCGGCUUGGUCGCCGUUCGUGUGCGAUCCCGCCACAUUCGUCCAGACGCGUACCCGGACUAUCGUUGUUCCGCCGUCGAACGGCGGGGACCCAUGCCCGCCGUUAACGCACUCGGCCUUCUGUCUGCACGAAGACUGCAUCAUGAGCGACUGGGCGUGCGAUCCCGCGAUCACGACGUACACCGACAACGACUCGGUCCCGACGACCCUCACGUAUCGCAAGCGAACGAUCCUUCGCCCCGCGCUCAACGGCGGCGCACCGUGCGGUCCCCUCGUCGAUGACGUGCCGUGCAACGCGGUGGACUGCAAGCUGUCGGAAUUUGGCGACUGGAGCGCGUGCGACGCAUCGACGGGUCUCCGCACCCGCCGCCGCUUCGUCGUCACGCAGCCGACGAACGGAGCCAAGCCUUGCGAUCACUUAUCCGAAACCAAGAACUGCGACCCCGUGCCGUGCGUCCUGACCGACUGGACAGCGUGGGGAAGGUGCGACAACGAGAAGAAAAUUCGGACGCGGACACGGUCCAUCGUCCAGCCAAGUUUGUACGGCGGCGAGAGUUGCAGCGCGACGGUCGAGACCACCGCAUGCGACCCCAAACCGUGCGUGAUGUCUCCGUGGACCGAGUGGGGCGAGUGCGACUUGGCGUACAACCUGCGCACGCGGACGCGAACGAUCGUGGCUCCGCCGCAGGACGACGGGCUGGAAUGCCCGACAGAUCUCCGGGAGACCCUUGCCUGCCCACCAAAAGAUUGCGUCAUGAGCGAGUGGAGCGAGUACAGCGAGUGCGAUGAUUUCGCUGGCACCCGCACGCGGACCCGCGAAAUCGUGACUGCAGCAGAAAACGGCGGCCAGGCGUGCUCGACCAAGUUGAGCGAGACGGCGCCGUGUUUGCCCGUCGACUGCACCGUCACGUCGUUUGGAGAGUUCUCGGUCUGCGACAACGGAGUGCGCACACGAGUGCGGGAGGUUACGAGAAUGAAUCGGUACAAUGGGAAAGCGUGCCCGGCCUUGACCGAGACUGAGCCGUGCGUGGCAAAGGACUGCCAAUGGGGACCGUGGGGGCUCUGGAGCGACUGCGACGCGUCGACGAAGGUACAAACACGGGCGCGGUCGAUCGUGUCCGGGGCGGCGAACCACGGAAAGCCAUGCGUGGGGUCGGCAACCGAGACCAAGCCGUGCUUGCCCGUGGACUGCGUCGUGAGCGGCUGGUCCGACUUUUCUGAAUGCAAGGACAAUCGGCGCACACGAACGCGCACGGUGGUCAUCCCCCCUGCAAACGGUGGCGCUCCGUGCGAUGCCCCACUCCAGGACGAAGACAUUUGUCGGCCGCAGCGUUGCUCUGUGGGCGGGUGGAGCGCCUUUUCGCCAUGCACGAACGGACAGAAGUCGCGCCAACGCGUCGUGCUGGACAACCCGGACAACGAAGAGUGUCCCCCGCUGACGGACACGGUGUCGUGCACCCCGUGCACGCCAACCUUCUUUGAUGACUGCACCCGAUCGUGCGUGAUGGGCGAAUGGGAAGCGUGGAGCGGGUGUUUCGACGACGGAUUCCAAAUGCGCACGCGGAGCCGCGUCGGUCAAGCAGAGGAUUGCCCAGAUGACGUCGAGUACCGCGCGUGCAAGCCCGUGGACUGCAAGCAAACAGAAUGGUCUGCCUGGUACUGUGACGGCACGACGGCUCUUCGGACGCGGAAAAUCCUUCAGCAACCGUUGUACGGCGGCCACGAGUGCGACGACGGCCUCAUGGAGAGAAAGCCUUGCUCGAACGCGCCGACGUGUACUCUGUCGGCGUGGAGCGAGUGGUCGGACUGUGACUACUCGACUGGCGUCCAAACGUCGACGCGAUACGUUGUGUCGUACGGACUCGCUUGCGACGACGACAUGGCCCGGACGCGCCCGUGCCCUUCUACGGACUGCGAAGUCGGAGACUGGUCGAGCUUUGGUCCGUGCAACGCCGUCACGGGCUACCGGACACGUACAAGAGAGGUCAAGGUCCCUGCCGCUGGCGACGGGAUGCCGUGUCCGGGCUUGCAGGACAUGCUUCCGUGCGGUGGUGUGGAUUGUCAAGUGUCACGGUGGUCGGACUUCGGCCCGUGCUUGAACAACGUCAAGAAGCGCACACGAACGCUGCUGCAGCCUGCUCUCUUUGGAGGCAACGCGUGCCUCCCCCUCGAAGAGACGGUGCCAUGCAUUCCGGUGGAUUGCGUCGUCAGCGCCUGGUCGACGUGGUCCGCUUGCUCGAACGAUCUCCAAACCCGCACGCGCCACAUUCUUCGGGCACCGACCAACAGCGGGACCCCGUGCGGCAACCUCAUCGAGACGCAGAGCUGCGAGUCGUCCGAGUGCCAACUGUCGGCGUGGUCCGAGUGGACCUCGUGCAACGAGAAGACGGGGCUACGAUACGCCACCCGGACUGUCGUCCGAGAAGCGGACAUUGGGAAGAAGCCGUGCGACGACAUGGAUUUGGUCAAGGCGGACAAGUGCGCGCCAGUCGACUGUGUAUUGAGCGCGUACUCGAGCUUCUCGGACUGCGAUCCCGUCACGUUUUGGAGCACACGGACUCGGAAAGUUGUGAGUGCCGCCAAAUUUGGCGGCAAACCGUGCGGCGCGCUGUUGGACCAGAAGAAGUGCGAGCCGGAGGAUUGCAAGUUGACAGCACCAGGUCCGUUCUCGUCGUGCAACUGCGCCACAGACACGAAAACCGCGGUCCGCCAAAUUGCUCGGCCCACGCGGUACGGGGGCGAACCGUGUGGCGACCUCGAAGUCGUCGAGCCGUGCCCACCAGUCGAUUGCGCCGUGUCCGAGUUUGGGCCGUGGACCGGCUGCGACAAAAACGCAGCCAACCUGGCGAGCGAAAAAUCGACGCGAGCACGAAUCGUUACUCGACCGCAGCAGAAUUGCGGCAAGCCGUGCCCAGACCUGAUCGAGUCCAAGCCGUGCGAUCCAGAGCCGUGCGUCCUGAGCGCCUGGUCCCCGCUCUCGGAGUGCGACUUGAAAACGCACUUGAAAACGCAAACGCGAACGGUUGUGUCCCCUCCAUACUGGGGAGGUGCCCCUUGCGACGCGUUGAUUCGAACGGAAGCGUGCCCGGCGCGCGACUGCGUCCUCUCGCCGUGGUCUGCCUUGUCGGAGUGCGACUUGACGACCCAAAAGAAGACCCGGACGCGAUCCGUCGUCGUCGCGGCCGAAUACGGCGGUGCCGCGUGCUCGACCGAGUUGACGCAAUACGAAGAUUGCAAGCCCGUCAACUGCAAGCUCACGCCGUUCUCGGACUGGAUAUGCAACCCAACGACCAAGGAAAAGACAAGGUCGCGGUCGAUCGAAGUCAUGCCCCUGUACGGAGGCACGCCAUGCCAAGUGCUGUCCGAGACGGCACCCUGCGAUCCCGUCGACUGCGUGCUGAGCGAGUGGAGCGCGCUCUCGGACUGUGACGUCACCAAGGCCGUUCGCACGCGAACGCGCAAGAUGUUGACCAGCCCCCUCUACCAAGGCAAAGCGUGCGGCGCACUCUCGGAAACAGUGCCGUGUCCCCCCGUCAACUGCGUCGUCGGCGCCUUCUCGCCGUGGACCACGUGCGACCCACUCAACUUUGACCCGAACGCUGUCCAGAAACGAACCCGGCUGGUCCUUACCCAGCCCGAGAACGGAGGCACGUUGUGCCCGGCCCUCGUCGAGACCAAGCCAUGCAACCCGUUGGACUGCCAAGUGAGCUGCUGGUCAGCCUGGUCCGUGUGCGACUUGGCGACGCAUUUGAAAACGCAAACUCGGACCAUCACGCGGCAGCCCAUGUGGGGCGGCAAAGCGUGCGACGCCCUCAGCCAGACCACGCCUUGUCCGGCACAGGACUGUGUCAUGAAUGCGUGGAGCGGCUGGUCCCCGUGCAACCAAGCCACGGCCAAGCAAACGCGCGUCCGGACGAUUCAAACGCCUCCGGCGAACGGCGGUGCCGCAUGCGGCGACGUCAUCGAGACCAAGGAUUGCAAGCCCGUCAAUUGCGUCCUCAGUGCGUACGGCCCAUGGACAUGCGACCCUGUCACGAAAACGAAGACGCGGAGCAGGACGGUUGUCACCCCUGCAGCGUUUUUUGGCACCCCGUGUGGCGUGUUGUCGGAAACAGCGCCAUGCGACCCGAUCGAUUGCGCGCUGUCGAGCUGGUCGCCGCUCUCGGCAUGCGACUGCAAAACCCAAGUGCAAACGCAGACCCGGACGAUCGUCGUCGAGCCCCAGUACGGCGGGAAAGCGUGCGAGCCGACCGUUGCCACCGUCGCGUGCCCCACGGUGCACUGCGCCGUCAACGAGUGGUCAUCGUGGUCUGGCUGCGAUGGGACGUCCAACGUGUUCACGCGCACUCGCACGGUCCUCACCCCCGCUCAACACUGCGGCACCCCGUGCCCGGCCCUGUCGGAGACUCAGUCGUGUCCUCCCGUGCAUUGCCAGCUCAGCGCGUGGUCUGCCCCAUCCUCAUGCAACUUGGACACGCAUGUGAAGACCCAGACCCGCACGAUCCUCGUCGCCCCGCAGUGGGGGGGCGAAGCAUGCGGCAUCCUCACUCGAACGAUUCCAUGCCCGCCUCGACACUGCGUCGUGGGCGACUGGUCCCCAUGGUCGGACUGUGAUCUGUCCAGGGCUGAGAAGAAGCGGAGUCGCCGAAUCCAAAUCACGCCCGAGUACGGCGGCGACCCAUGCGGCAACAUCAUCGAGACGCAGGAAUGCAAACCCGUCCACUGCCAAGUCACUGCGUGGGGUCCCUACGGUCCGUGCAACGCCGUGACUGGUCUGCGCACCCGCACGCGAACAAUCCAAGUCGCGCCCGAGAACGGCGGCCAGUCGUGCCCGGGACUGUCGGAGGACCUGCUCUGCGACCCCGUCGACUGCAGAUUAAGCGAGUGGACUGUUGGCGAGUGCGACGUGACGUCGCAGCGCAGACCACGCACGCGCACCGUCGUCAUAGCCCCGUUGUACAACGGCAAGCCAUGCGACUCGUUGGUUGCGUACGAUGCGUGUCCGCCCGUGCAUUGCCAAGUGUCGGCCUUCACGGACUGGUCCAAGUGCGACUACACCACCCGCCUCCAGAAACGGACCCGGACGAUUACCGUGGCCCCGCAGAACGGUGGCACGGCGUGCGGCCCGGUCACCGAGACCCGUCGGUGCGACCCCGUCGACUGCGUGAUCACCCCGUAUGCGUUUGGUGAGUGCGAUCCCAUCACGGGCAACCGAAAGGGCAUCGCCCAAGUCGCGACUGAGGCCCAGUUUGGCGGCGCCGCGUGCCCGCCCUUGGUCAAGCUGAUCCCGUGCGACCCUGUCGACUGUGUCAUGGGUCCGUGGUCCGCCUUCUCGAACUGCUGUCUUCGCACGUACGUCCAGACGCGCACCCGGUCGAUCGUGACGCCGGCCCAGUACGGCGGCAAAGGGUGCGGGCCGACCAUCGAUACGAUCGAGUGCAAGCGCCAGGACUGCGUGCUGACUGCGUUCGGGCCGUGGGGAGUGUGCGACCCCGUCACCAACAUGAGGUCGCGCACCCGGAGUGUUCACAUUCCGGCCGCCAACGGCGGCACGCCGUGCGGAUGUUUGGUCGAGUCGGAGCUGUGCCCGCGCAUCGACUGCAAGCUGAGCAUGUGGGGCGAUUGGUCCGUGUGCGACCCCAAGACGGGCACCCAACGCCGCUUCCGCCAAGUUCUCGUCUUGCCCGAGAACGGCGGGUGUGCCUGCGGCGACACCACCGAGACGAAGAAAUGUGCUCCGGUGCACUGCCAAGUGUCUGCCUUUUCGAGCUGGUCCGAGUGCAACAUCACGACAAGCCAUCGCACACGCACGCGCCAGGUCCUCACGGCGCCGCUCUACGGCGGCAAUCCUUGCCCAGUGCUGAAGAUGCGGGCACGUUGUCCGCCCGUCGACUGCAAAGUGUCCCCGUUCGGAUCGUUCACGGCAUGCUGCCCGGACACGCGCACGAAAACACGCAGCCGCAUCGUGACCCAGGAGCCGCUCAACGGCGGCCUGCUGUGCCCAGACCUUGUCGAGUCAGUGUCGUGCGCGCCGGUCGACUGCGUCGUCAGCGACUGGACCGAUUGGUCUCCGUGCAACUCGAACGAUGCCGCCACCUCAGUGAGUUCCCGCACCCGCACCGUGCUCCGGUGGCCCGUGAAUGGCGGGACCCAGUGCCCCGGCCUCACCGAGACCAAGCCGUGCAACCCCGUGGACUGCCAAGUGAGCUGCUGGUCACCGUUCUCGGCAUGCGAUCCCACGAAGCGGGUCAUGACGCGCACUCGAAAGGUGACCCGACCAGCGUCGAAUGGAGGGCAGCCGUGCCCGCCGUUGUCGGAAUCCGUGCGUUGUCCGCCGGUCGACUGCACGAUUAGCGAGUGGAGUGCAUGGUCAUCGUGCAACCCGAACACGUACCACCGCACGCGCAAGGCCACCAUCGUCACGAAUUCACAGUACGGCGGCCGAGAGUGCCCGCCGCUCAUCGAGCAUGAAAAGUGCCCGGCCGUGAACUGCGCUGUCAGCGACUGGUGCGACUGGAGUUCGUGCGACGCCAGCGGCAAGAAAACGCGCACUCGAACAGUGACGACUCCGUCCGCCAACGGUGGGCUGUCAUGUCCAGGGCUGGUCGAGACCAAGGCAUGCGACCCCGUGCAUUGUGUUCUCGACGCAUGGGGUCCGUGGAGCAAAUGCAACCCGUCGACUCGGCAGAGAUCUCGCGACCGCAAAGUGCUCGUGGCUCCUGCGUACGGAGGUCAUGACUGCGACGACGUGACCGAGACCGAGACAUGCGUUCCGAUAGACUGCCGCGUCGGCCCGUUCUCGGAGUGGGGGCCGUGCAACGAAGCCACCUCGACCCGGUCCAGGACGCGCCCGAUUGUCGUGGCCCCGCAAAACGGCGGGGCGGCAUGUCCUGCGACCACCGAGACGCAACCAUGCCCUGCUUGCCACUGUGAAAUGAGCCCCUGGACGAGCUGGGGGCUGUGCGACGACUACGGGUACCAGGUUCGCACGCGAACGGUCCUCGUCGCUGCCCGCUACGGCGGUGUGCCGUGUGGACCUGUCAAAGAAAAGCAAAAGUGUGCGCCGGUGCAUUGCCAAAUGGGCCCGUGGGGCCCGUGGAGCGCGUGCACAUGCACGACGAUGACCAGUGUGCGCAGUCGAAGCAUUUUGGUCCCCGCUGCGUUUGGUGGCGCCGAGUGCGGCGCCAGCACCGAAACACAGCCAUGCCCUGGCGUCGACUGCAAGCUCGGGGCGUGGAGUGCGUGGGGUGCGUGCAUCCGGGGCUACCAGACCCGCGUCCGCCCGAUCGAAGUGGCGCCCGUCGGGAACGGCGCCAAGUGCGGCGUCGCGUCGCAAAAAAAGCCGUGCGACCCCGUCGACUGCGAGCUGUCCCCGCCUGGUCCGUGGAACGCAUGCAACCCGUGCACGGGCACCAAAUCCCGCGACAUCUCGAUCAAGACGUACCCGGCAUACGGCGGGCGACCGUGCCCCGAAACGACCGAGAGGGCCCCAUGCGACGCCGUCAACUGCGCCGUCAGCGACUGGACGCCGUGGAGCGUCUGCUCGUUUGGAAAGCAGUUCCGGACACGGUGCGUGACCCGCCAGCCCGCGUACGACGGCGCGGCGUGCCCGCAUCUCCGCGAAGUCCAGGGCUGCUGCGUCGUGGCAACGACCGUCCAAAAAUGGUCGCCGUUCUUCAGCGUCGUAGCUUAGCCACGUCCGUCCCCCCUUCAUGACAAUGAAUCGACGACCUCUCGUAUGUGAUGGAUGGCUGUGUGGGAAGCGAUCCCAUGGCGCACGCACUCGAUCCGUGGCCUGUCGACGCGCGCACACGAGCGUAAACCAUUCAUUUUUUUU